AUGUCUAUUUCUGAAGAGAAUUUAAAUAACAGAAUUGGUUUAUCUCGGAAAAAUGUUGACACAAAUAAAAUUGCACAACAUAAUUUUAAAAAAGAAACUAAAGAAUUUAACCUUCUUAAGCGUAAAGAAAUUAAUGAACAAUCUUACAAAAUUUCCAAAUCUAUCGAGUUCAAUAUCGAUAAACUUAAAAAUAUAUUUAAGCAUACAAAAUCAGCUAAACAAGAAUGUAGUGAUGGUAAAGAUUAUAAAAAAACUUCUGGAAUGUUUAAGAAAUUAUCUAAAAAAGGGAAUACAGAUGAAAUAUCUAGGGUAGUAUAUGAGUAUGAUAAUAGAAUUGAAACCAAUGUUAAUAAGCACACGGCAUUUAAAUUAUAUCAAAAGUCAGAAAAUUUUAAAAGGAGUGCUGAUACUAGUAAUCUCAUUAAUAAUUCCACUUUGGUUAAAAAUUUGUUCCAAUUUUUUAUAUCAAAUAUUAAUUUCCCUAUUACAAAGGCAAUGAUAAAUUCUAUUGAACCUAUAAAUAAUAAUCAACAAAUAAUUCAACAGUUAAAGUUGAAUCAUGGUUUAUUGUUAAAUGGGUAUAACGUACAACCAAGUAGUCAGGCUAUUUUCAAAGAAGAUGGCGAAUUGAAAGUAAAAUUAUACAAUAGACAACCUAUAGUAUAUGCUGAUAUAAGUUUUUUAUUAGAUAAUUUGUUUAUAGACAAAGAUAAUUAUGAUAAUACAUUACAACCAUCCAAUAUGUGUAUUAAUUUUCCAAUUGCUGAAAUUACUUAUAAAGGCGAAUUAUUGAAAUCUUUUUCAGAAUGUAUGAAUGAUAAUAAUGCAAAUUCGCAUACGUUAUAUGGGCGUUUUUAUGCAAGAAAAGUCUUAAUUGGUAAUAAAUUAUUUAUCAAGGAUUUAAAUUUAGCCACUCCAGCACAAAUUGACGUUUUAAAAUUUUGUUUAUUUUGUAUAUAUAAUUCAGCCAAAUAUUCUAUGGAGAUUCCAUUUAACAAUUUAUUCACUUUAAAUCUUUUGCCAAAAAUAGUUACACUGGAUGGGGAAGAGUUGAACACAUAUGAAAAAUUGUACAAAUGGAUGAAUAGUUUGUAUCAAGAUAAAGAAAAAAGUGGUUUUAUAAUUUCUUAUUAUAGUCUCAUUCCUAUUUCACAUUUAGAAAAAAUUAUGUCAUCAACAGAUGAUUUUUUAGAUGAAAAACAACCUGAAGUUACUAAUUUUAAAGAGAUAUUAAAUUUAGAAGAAUGGAUUGGAGAUGCAGUAAGCGAUAAUCUGGCAAGUUGGACUAGAGAUUUUCAACUUUUUCAAGGAUUAGUAUUCAAUCAAAAUUGUGAGAUGAAGAUUAGUAAGAAAACCGCUAUUAAUUUUAUUAAAAUUCCGGUAGUAAAUACAAGUAACAAAUCUUAUAUGAAACUUAUCAAACCUUCAACAAAGUUAGAAGCUAGUUUAAUUUCAAAUGACGUUUUUUCACUAGAUAGUUUAAGCUUUCUAUCACAUAUUAAAAGUAAUAAUGAAUGCUAUGGAAAUUACCUUCAUAUUCUAAUCAAAUGUGAACAAUAUGAAAUUCUCUUAAAUAAGGAUAAUGUUAGACCUACAAAAGAAUUUGAGCAUAUCAUAGAAGAAGCACUUAAUAGUAUGAUGCCAUUAAAAGUUUUACAAGAUAUUUUUAAUAAAUAUGGUCAUUUAUUUCCACAGAGAAUUAUUUUAGGAAGAUCUCUUAAAAAUAUUUUGCCAACUUUAUCCUCAUCUAAAUUUGAAACUAUUGUUUCAGAUCCAAAAUCAUUUAAAUUGCAUAUAGACGAAUUAAAUAUUUCGUACUUUUUAACACCAAAUGGAAAAAUUAUUGAAAUAAAUGAUUUACUUAAUUGGAUUCAAAAUCCAAGUAAUUUGGAAAUUAUUGAAUUUGAUAAUAUUAUUCCUCUCUACAAAAUUCUUGAAGAACAACAACAAAAAAAAAUAGAUGAUUUAUUACAAAAUAAUCAUAGAAUAUUGAUGACAGGAGUUACUGAUCUGAAAGACUUAAAUAAUAGUGAUGUUGAAUAUUACAAACGUAUAAAUAUUGAAUUAUCUUUGGAAGAUGAUAAUUAUAAAGUAUUUGGAUCAAUUAUUUCAAAAGAUAAUUCAAAAUUAGAAGGAAUUUACGUUAAUUUUGGGUCAUAUGAUUUGAAUGGAUUUUUUGCAAUGAUAAAAAAGUUAGAAAAAACAAAUGUUGAUAUAAAAGAAUGUCACAUUUUAUGGAUGUUCGUUGGAAAACCUUCAGAAUUAUUGGCUUUUAGUCCAAGUAAUCGAGAAUUCCAGGUUAAUUGUAUUAAAAAGUCAAUUAUAUCACAACCUAACAAUUUAAAUUAUUUAAUCAAAACUUCUUUUUCAUUAUCUCAAGGAUACACUAUUUUUGUUCAUGCAUGCAAUCAGUUAGCUAAUUAUGAGCCUAAUUAUGUUAUUAAGCUAAUUGAAUGGUCACAUAAUUACAUUAUUUUUCAAAUUAUCAAAUCAAUUUAUAAUGAAUCAAAUGAUAUUCCUUUAACAGAUUUUGAUGAAGUUAUUAAUUUAGAUUUACAUAUUUGUGUUUUAUGUUCAUACUAUAAAGAUUUGAAGAUUGAUAAUAAAAAAGAGGAGUUUAUUUUGAAUUCAAUUGGGUAUAUUUUAACCAAAGAUAAUUUUAACAGUAGGAAUCAAUUAAGUCAAUAA